AGAGAGAGAGAGAGAGGUGCACUACAGAGAUCCGCCGCACUGUGCUACAGUUUGAAAGUCGGACUGGAGCAGCUUAAAACGGCAACAGCGGUAUAAAUACCCAUCUUUAACCGGAUUAUAGAGACUGCAAUUCCUUCCCCAAGAAAGUGAGCUGGAAGAGGGCUAAGGCAAAAAGAGAGCUGGACAGGGAGAGAAAGAAAGGUGAUAGUGGGUAAGGUUCAGUCUUUUCAGACAACAUCAAAGAAAGAGUCACUGGAACCGUGUGUCAACACACUCUGACAGGAGCCUAGUGUGCUAGAAGAUUAAGAAGAUCAUCACCUAUCAUUCACACACACAUACACACACACACAUACUCACGCCCACAAACACGCCCACACACACGUGCCCACACAGACUGACAUACACACAUGUACACGUUUACAGCCUCAGCUGACCUCACAUUCAAACUCACAUGCUACCUCCCUUAUUCACUCUCUCUCACACACACAAGGCAUCAUCAGCAGAAGCUGGUCUCUGUAACUGUCAGAGUGACCUCGGCAGUUCUGGGCAGUUUUGGGCAGCUCUGACUGGGUUGCUUGAUUGAUCCACUCCUCUCCAAAUUGUUUACCCAUCAAAGUCCGGUCCACCAAAAAUUCCCACUCCAAGAGUACCAGCACCCUCUCUUCACGACAAGACAGCACAUUGACUCAGCGGGGUUCCAGCUCGUCUCUUGUGUUUAGCGCAGUGACGAGAACAGGAGGAGGCGGGGGGCAGCUACCGACGACUCCCUGCCGGUCCCGACUGACGCCCCUGCCAGGAGAAUGAAAAUGCAUUAAAAAUACAUGUCCCGGAGGAGGACGCCAGGCUCGGACAGCACACAAAGGUGGCCAUAAAUCAAUACCUGAGGGCUGUGAUUUCUUCAUCAUCACUUUUCCCCUCAGCAUUAAGCUGAAUGGACGGUGAAAAGAGUGACUGACCAGACGCUUCUAUUUCUGCUAAAGCUGAAGACUAAGUACUAUUCACAAAAUAUUCUGCAGGGCUGAAGAGGGAAAAAUCCGUUUUGCUCCUUGCAGUAUUUGUGUGGCUCAUACUUCUUUCAACAGUCUGUGACUGGUUUUCUAGGGCAUCUUUUUGUCUCAGGUUGUUUGCUUAUUUCUUCUCUCUUUGACUGUUCUGCCAGGGCAAAAUAAAAGGACAACAUCCAUAAAGCAAGUUUUCUGACAUCAAGUGUAUAUUCUCAUCAUCUUUGGGUUUUUUUUAUAAGAUAGCACUAUUUUUGUUGUAACCAUCUGCUUUGCAUUUAAAUCAAAGUCCUGUACCUUGUUCACAGAAGUACAUUAUAAUACAUUUUGAUUAGCAUUUAGAACGGACAGUCAAUCUGAGCCCUUUAAGGACGUUUGCAGUUGAGGCUCUCUUUCCCAGCAGUGUUGCAGUGCUAAUCAAGGCAUUCUAUCACCGAUAUUGACUUCCGUCUUCUGCCAUGCAAAGUGAAGUUCAUUAGCAUAUUCAUAAGUCCCAGAUUUCAUCCCAUCAUGUGAAAUGUGUGACAGAGGCCCUGCAUUCAGCCAUCGUUGGUGGCAACAAAUAGCUUCUGACGUGAAGAAAACGAAAUGCGAAAGAAACCAAGGAGCUCAAAGACACGACGAGAAACAACCUUCCUCCUGAGACAACCUUGGUGAACAAGGGUGGAGUGGGAGGGGGGCAUGCUUGCAUCUCUCUCGAUUCUGCUGCCGCCGUCAUGAUCCUCAUCACUAGCUGCAGCCUAAGAACAAGUGAUGCCAUAUUGCAAAAAUUUUACAUUUGCAUUAACGAUGGAUUAUUGUUGGUCCAUUAAGGCCAGUGCACCUGCUGCUCUGGAAUAAAGCCCACCGAACUGCACCUGAGGGACAUCCACAGUCUACCUGGUGGGGGUGACGUCUCUUGUUAAAGUGGUCGACUCGUGUCUGUUCACAUUCCUCCAAAACACAAUGGAGAGUCUGGAUGAACUGGAGCAUCCACUUCUGGCUGACAGCCCCAACCACUCGAACCGAAUGGGAAAUGGCACCUGUGGCGGUGGACUCUUUAAGGGAAUUUUAGUAAGGUGCGAGGAGGAAAAGAGGGCACCCUCUCUGGGGUGGAGGAAUUACUGCACUUCUGCAGAUAUGCGUCAUCAGCAGCUGCUGGAUCCGUGUUCCCUGCCCAGCACGCUGGAAUCCUUUUACCCUACGGCUCCAAUAUGGAGUCCUGCUGAGCCUCUGGGCCUCCAUGCCAAGGAGUACCUGGAAACCACAUUUGUGGACAUCAGGCCUGGCUCAUCCCUGGAGCGGAAGCUGCUGGCAGAAACCAGAGACGUCCACAGCGUGUCUUACAGCAUAGAGGAUGAGGACGACCUCCUGCCAGACUUUGAGGACUCCUCCAGUGACGACUUCAGUGACAUAGACAGUGAAAACAACUUUCCAUUAAUGAUCCCACAGGAUUACCUGGGCCUUGCCUUCUUCUCCAUGCUCUGUUGCUUCUGGCCUCUGGGUAUUGCAGCCUUUUACCUGUCUCAGAAGACGAACAAGGCAUGGGCCCAGGGCGACUUCCAGGCAGCUAGCGCUGCAUCUCGCCAGGCUCUCUGGCUAUCCAUCCUCGCCAUUGUGCUGGGCAUCAUCACCUACGCUUGUGCUGUUGCCGCACUUAUCUCCUACCUGUCUGGGAAGCCACCUUAAGGCAGUACUGAGCAUCAGGCCCCUCCCCUCUUAUACCACAUUCCCCACCUCUUGGACCACAUGCUUCCCCAAAUCCACACCUUGUGACAACUGGCUUUUAUUGCUACUAAGAAGUGCUUGUAGGUUUUCCUUAAGCUUCCUGAAAAUAUAUGUGCAUCCAAAUAGUCUGGACUUUUUCAUAUCUUGAGGGAUGGACACCAAUAAGUCUGGUGGGAAUGGAGCUCAACACAAAUAUUACAAAUAGAUAGAUAUAAGCUUAUGAAAAGGACAAAAGAAAAUACCUAUUCUGGCCAAAACACAGCACUGCACCAGUGACAUUACACCACUUAGCAGAAAUGCUUGCAUAGGUAAGAGAGCUCUGUGCCCCCAAAUGAACUGAUGAGUUUGAGAGCUUGUUUGAAGGGUAGAAAAAGGACAGGAAAUGCAAAACUUUGCGAUGGACUUCAGCUUGGAACAUCAAGACAAUCCUCUCCCUCUCCUGUAAACAUUGGCACAGUUCUACAUAGUUGCAGUGUCUCACAACCCCGUUAGGCCCCUUCUGGCACCACAGAAAAGCUGUAGUUUAAAACUAGUUUUAUUAAACAGUCACAGUUAUUUCUACCCUCUUCUCAAAAAGAUGUGCCAUUUUUUUUUAGGUUUACCUUUCCAAAUGUCCAUAAACAACAAAGGGAACACUACACUGCCAGCAAAUGUAGGAACCAGCAUGCCUCACUGCACGGUCAAAGUAAAAAAAACAGGGAUGGAAAGGCUGAAAUGUGGCAGGGACACACACACACACACACCCACCCAGUGUGACUUCCACUAUGAGUCAUACCAUUAAGAUACGCCUCUCCCGCGGGUAUCUUUCUGCCAUGCAGAUCUCCACUUUCCCAUCUAAUAACACCACUUACUCAGCAGACCACUGCAGCAGGUGUCACCUCACAUAGCUUAGCCCAACAACUUGCCCAAAAUGAGUGGAAACAUUUUCCACAUUCAAACGAAACCCUUCCCCUAUUGUGUAAGCUUUGGAGCAUUUAGGAAUACUUGCUGGUUGGGUAGCUGUUGACCUUGAGGUGCAUCCAUUUGGUUGUAGGCAUGCGCUGAGCUUAUGGAAAUGGGAAUUCUAAGCAGGAUGUCCAGAAACAGCACAGUCACCAUUGAUACCCAAUGUCGUGAUCACUAUGUGGGAGUCAGAGACUCUACAGUGCACCUUUAAUAUGUCUGUCUGCAUGGAGAUUACACACUGGGGACAAUUUCAGAAAAAGUUCAGAAAAAGCCACACCUCAGCAUAAAGCCCUCAGGGGAUGUGGGCUUUUGGUUUGCCUUGAUAAGCUGUAUUAUGUUAGUCACCCAGUAUGUAUCGCAUAAACAACAGAUAAGAGAAGUCUGACUGUGAUCUCCAGUAAAGGGAAUCACUGAGUACAACCAUGCUAAAAACUGUUCCAUUAUAGUAGUAUAGAAUUAACUGUUACUAUGUUUUGUGGUUUGACUAACUCCCAUAUUGUAUCAUUUUUGUUUGUAUCAGUUCUUCAUGAAAGCUGCUUUUUCUUUACAGCUCAAAGAAACAACUCAUGUCAGAUUUUUUGUGUAUAAACAUGUCUCAUUAUCCUUAGUGCAGCUCUGCUGGAGGAGCCCUGAAGAUAUGUAAUUAAAUGAAGUAAAAAUAGGAAAGUCAAUAUAUUUUGCUGGCUAUAGACCCCAUCUGUCGACCUGAUACGUGCCAUCAUGCCCCACUCAAACGCAUUUCAGUCAUGUACAAUCCAUGUCACACAACACUUAAAAACCCUUGUUCAUAUUGUCUCCUCCCAUUUAUUCAUAGACCAAAGUGGAUUUAUCAGGCAAAAUAAAUGACAGUACAUAGAUUUCACCUAGUUUCACCUGGUCUGUGAGUCAGGAAAGUGCAUGUAUCCUUAACAGGCACACCUGUUUUUUACUCAGUUUUUAUCCCAUUAAAGACAAUAAGAGAAAAAAAACCAAAACCGAUGAAGUACAAUUUAUAGGUGGAAAAACAAACUUUUUGUGCUUGUUAAUGUUAGUGUCGGUAAGUUUUCACUUAUGUCGAAUGCUGACUUAAAGGUUAAAAUGUCAACUGCUGAAACAGAUUAGAGACAAUAAGCAGUGGUCAAGCAAAACAUUUCUGUCAGGUACCUUCAGAGCGCCCUGCUCCCACCCCUGCCCAGAAACCCCCGCCAGCAGCAAGGAACUGGGUCAUGUCACGGCAGGGGAGAAGCCUCCACACCAGCCAGACCGGUUGCUGCUGGAUAAGCAAGAUAAGACAGCCUUCCGUAACAUUCUCCUCCCCGUGUUAAAGUGGAGAGCAUGACAAACACAUACAUCACACAUGAUAUGCACAUGCAGCGUGCCAGUAAACAGGUCGAGGUGCUCUGUGCACAGCUCAGCUAGUGAGUAGACAAACCCUCCAUGAUGAGCCUCUGGUGAGAGGCCCAGAGCCAGGAGCGGACUCCAUUCUAUUCAUCUAUUGGAUCUGUUUUACAAACCUUGUGUAAAUGUUUAUGUAUAUAAUUAAGAUUCAUGGAUCUAAACCAAUAAAUGCACUUGGCUUAA